AUGGCCCCUUUCCCGCUUCCGCCAAUAGAUUUGCGCUUCCGAACACCAAUCCGAAUCCUCCAUCCGAGUUACACAACCCCAACUAAUGGACUGCUAUCGUUCCCACGUGUCGAUCGUGUACAUGGCAGGCACUUCUACAUUUGGCCAAGAUUUGGUGUACACUAUGGAACGGCUCUACUUGCCUGUCAAAUCGUUGCUGGUAAUGCCUUCAAUACCGGGCGAUUGACCUUCGAUCAGGCAGGUCAACGGCUAGUGGAGCUGCUAUCAGACAACAUCUUAACUGAGGAGGUCUACUACUUCAUGGUUGGCGGUGGUCCGAACCAGUAUCCUAUUCUACCCAUCUUCCGAGAUUGGGAAUUUCCUCAUGGUCUUAUCCCAGAUUCCUGGCCUCAACUAUCUACCACCCCUAACACUACUCGUUGCGCGAUCAGUAAUUUUUCUUUUCCUGUUGAGGGCGCUCAUCUCGUCCCAAAGAAUGAGUUUCUCUAUAUGGAACCACGAUGGUUUAGUGAUAAUAAUGAUUCGGUUAAUAUCGCACCGCUUAAGGCCGAUCUACGUAAGUGUUUCGAUGCCCAAUGGUUUGCUAUCGUGCCAAAGGUCAUAGAAACUACGACUGCUCAUUCUCCUCGAUAUGUUACACAUAUUCUUCAACGGCAAGCAGCUGAAGUCUGGCCUACAUAUCAUGAUACCACCGUCCAAUAUCUCGAUUCGGCCGCCCAUCCUUAUCUUUUUGCACGUUUCGCUUGGGCAAUCCUUCUUCAAGUCAAACCCUUCAUCACCGCCGGCUUUUCACGUCACGUCAUUCGAAUCUCGACGAACGGCGAAGGCAAGACAGAAUACAAACUGGAGCACCUCAGCGGACUACAGCUUCAGAAUUAUUACAGUGGCGGUGGACCACAAGGCGCAACCCCAAAGAGAAAAUCAAAAACGGAUACUGUGGCAGAUGAGGAUCAUUUUAUGGGGCCGUCUGGCGAAGACAGUGAUGUUAAUAUGGAUAAUGACUGGGAGGAUACGAUGGAUGAGCGGCAACAGGCGGGGAAAGGAGAGAAGAAAUCAGACAUCGAGCGAAUCUAUGGUUGA